AUGGCUAUCAUGGAACACGUGAUGUCAAUAAUAUCGCGGAUCGGUAGGAUACUGGAGUGCAACGGGCCGGUAGAUGUGGGCGAGGUAUUUAUCAAAGUGACGUCACCAUGGCUGUAUGAACUCAAUGUGCCUUAUGUUGUGGCUCUGGGAGUUAUUGUGCAGUACUUGAAUAUAGUAGCGACGGCUACUUGGAACUACGCAGAUAUUUUCAUUGUAAACAUGAGUUUGUACCUCACUUCAAUUUUGCAACAGAUUAACAAGAAAAUUGCGGCUACAGCUAGUAAGAACUACGUCCCCGCUUCAAAAUGGGGUGAGUUAAGGGAGGACUACACUCGAGCUACGAAUUUAGUAAAACGAUUUGAUGACGUACUGAGCGGGAUUGUGUUGAUAUCAUUCGCUAACGACCUCUUCUUCAUAUGCAUGCAGCUUUAUAAUAUACUAUCGAAUAGUGUAAGAACUACGCAAGUCCUUACUAAAAUGUGCCCCGCAUACGAAAAUAGUUACACCCGAUACUACAUAUACCCAGCUUACCUCACGUAUUCGUCAGUGUAUCUGUUCGUUCGGUUCCUGUCUGUGGCACUAGUGGCUGCACGCAUACAUUCAGCCUCUAUGGUACCGGGGCCCAUCCUGUUUGCUGUGCCUACAACGUCAUACUGCAAAGAGGUUGAAAGGUUUCAGAACCAAAUCAAUGAUGGUGUCGUGGUUGCGUUCAGUGGACUACAUUUCUUUUAUAUUACUAGAGAUUUAGUUCUUACGAUCGCAGGAACAAUAGUGACAUACGAACUGGUACUUCUACAAUUUAGCACUGAUGAUGGAAAAUCCUAA